ACUGACUGUUGUGUGGAAUUAUGUGAGGAACAAGGAGAAGGAACAAGGAUUUGGCCAGAGCUUGGGCUAUGGCAUACAAGAUUUUGCAAAGGGAUACAGAUACUUUUCAACUGCGUUGCCAUUUUUUUUGCUGAGGAAGUCAAUUUGAGGGGACCAGUGGUCGAUUUGUCACUGUUCUGCUGAAGGCUUCUGACACAACAACUGAGUGAUUUGGGACUUGGAGUGGCACACAAGAAACUUUAAAUAACACAAGGAAUGAACAACCCAUAACACUGACACUGACAACACCAGUUUUCUAACUAAAGGAGAAUCAACAAUAAUUGGCCAAACAUACAAGAAUCAGUCAUGCAUACAUGUGAUCUUACCAUACUGUUGGCUGUGCUGCUAUUGUGGGGGCCACUCUGGUCCAACGGUCAGAAUGACACAGAGCCCAUCAUUCUUGAGGGCAAAUGUUUGGUCGUAUGUGACUCCACACCUUCAUCUGAACCCGCUGGGAAUGCCCUGGGCAUGUCUGUCCGCUCAGGCAGCGGCCGAGUCGCUUUUUCUGCCAGCCGUCAGACCAACCAUGAACCUACGGACAUGAGCAAUCGCACAAUGAUCAUCUACUUUGAUAACAUCUUGGUGAACGUGGGCAGUCAUUUUGAUCAAGAGAGCAGCGUCUUCCUUGCACCAAGGAGAGGCGUUUACAGCUUCAACUUCCAUGUUGUGAAAGCUUACAAUAGACAGACCAUUCAGGUCAGCUUGAUGGUGAAUGGCUGGCCGAUGAUUUCCGCUUUCGCCGGGGACCAGGAUGUUACCAGAGAAGCAGCUACAAAUGCUGGUUUGGUGAUCAUGGAGAAAGGGGACAAGGCCUACCUGCGACUGGAGAGGGGCAACCUGAUGGGAGGCUGGAAAUACUCCACCUUCUCCGGCUUCCUGGUCUUCCCGUUGUGAACAAGCUGGAAGUUCAAUUAUUGUGAUGGUCAUAGAAGGAAUUUCGUUGGGAGUUGUUUCAUGUAAAGUUACAGAAAGCGAAACUAUUCCUUAACACAGAGAAAAGGGAACAGGUGAAUAUAAAGCAGUAGACUAAAUUUGCUUUGCUUGUGAGUACAGUAUAUCCAUUUAUUGAAUUUGUAUGACUGAUAUUGGAGUUGUGAACAGUACAUAAAGUAAACCUGUGCAUUGUAACCUGUGCAUUGUGGGGUUGUUUGCAAUUGAUUGUGAUGUCUUUUUCACCUCUCAUUUUAAUUAGUAAUGUCUUAAGGGGUACUGUUAAAUCUAUUUUACAUUGCUAAGCCUAUUUAUGCCUGCAUCAGCUGUUAAUUCACACUGAAAUUUCUAU